CCAAGGCCUGAACGGAGAGUGUCUGGCAAAAUGGACUACCAACAGAAACUGGCUGAAAAAUUCACCAUCCUCAAUGACAGGGGGAAUGGGGUGUUAAUACGCAUGAACUACAUUAAGAAGAUCUGUGCAGACCCCAAGAUGCGUCCAUCCAUCCUGACUGAAAAGGCCUUGGAGCCUGCCAUCAAAUACAUCAACAAGAAAUUCCCCAACAUUGACUUCAGAGGAAACAUUCAAAAUCUGACCUGCAUACAGAGACAGAAAUCUGAAGUGUUGGCAGCGGCAACAAGCUACUACGACUCUUUCCUGGAUGUCAUAGAGUUCAGGGACCACGUUUAUGAGUUGCUGAACACCAUAGAUGCCUGUCAGUGCUUCUUUGAUAUUGCAAUCAACUUCGACUUCACCAAAAACUACUUGGAUCUGAUCAUCACCUACACGUCUGUUAUCAUAACGCUCUCUCGCAUCGAUGACAAGAAGGCACUGGUGGGCAUGUUCAACUGUGCCCAUGAGAUGAUCAAUGGGAGCAGUGACCCCUCCUACCCACGGCUCGGCCAGAUGUUUGUGGAGUAUGAACAUCCUUGGAAGAAGCUAACUGAGGAGUUUGGCCCUCAUACAAGGUCUGUGACGGCGGCGUUGCUGUCUCUGACGAUGGUGUACCCACGCAGGAACCUGCCCGCAGAGCAGUGGCGGAGCGCCCAGCUCCUCAGCCUGUUCAGUGCUCCGGCUGCCAUGCUGGACCCGGCCUGCUGUGACACUAUGGCAUGUGAAUACCUGUCUAUAGAGGUGAUGGAGCGGUGGAUCAUUGUGGGUUUCCUGUUGUGCCACAGUAGCCUGAAUACAAACCAGGCCUCCCAGGAGCUGUGGAAGAUGGCUCUGCGUAGCGGCCUCUACCUCGUCCUCAUCAGAGAUGAAGUGCUCAACAUACACAAGGUUUCUGAAGACCUCUUCGACAGCAUUAAAGGAUAUAACAAGCGAGUUGCAGACAUCAAGGAAUGUCGUGAGCAUGUUUUACUCAACAGUGGAGCUAUGCACAGAGAGAGGAGGCAGUUUCUGAGAGGAGCGAUGAUGGAAUUAUUUAAAGUUCUGGAGGAUGAACCUGGACUUCUGGGACCAAAGGCCUUGUUCGUGUUUAUGGCUCUCUCAUUUUCCCGAGACGAGGUCCUGUGGCUCGUCAGACACUCUGAGAAUAUGCCAAAGAUAAAGACAGCCGAGGACUACAUCGACAAUCAGAUGGCCGAGCUGCUGUUCCACAUGGAGAAGUUAAGACGUCUGAUGACAAAGUACAAGCAUGUUGUUCAACGCUACCACGUCCAGUACCUGGCCCAGUUCGAUGCCUUGGUUCUCAAUGACACCAUACAGAACAUGUAUGUGUGUCCAGAAGAGGAGUCAGUCCUGAUGACCUCUUUGGUCUCGACCCUCUCUGCUUUGUCAGUCAAACAAGUGGAAAACAAAGAGGAGUUUGAUUUCAGAGCACUUAGAUUAGAUUGGUUGAGAUUGCAGGCCUACACAAGUGUGAACAAGGCCCCUCUUCCAAUAAAGGAAUACCCCGACUUAGCAAAGGUGAUGAACUUGAUUCAGUUUCACACCAGGAUGGUGGACAGUUUGGAAGAACUUCUGCAGGAUACCUCUGAGGUGUCCAUACUCGGUUUCUAUCCGCGCGUCUUUGAGAAGAUGUUUUGCCAGAGCAGUGAGGAGAUGACCAUGAAGCGUUACCUCAUUGCUUUCCCGCUCGUCUGUUCUCACUUCAGCCACUGUGGACAUCCUCUCUGCCCAGAAGAGACAGAGAUGAUGGAGAAGAGGAGUCUGCGCCUGUGUGUGACCUUCCUGGAGCAGAUAGCCAAGCAGACCAGCAGUGUUGUGUUAGAGAUUUGUGCUGAGCAGUGCAACCUCAAUGACCAGCUGCAGCCCAAGCACUGUGUCGAGGCCAUCAGUGCAGCUCGCCAUAGAAAACAAAAGAAGCCGGUGCCAAGGAAAGGAGAAGUCCAGAAAGAGAAACCAGGCGCUGAAAGCGUGAGGAAAGACCGGGCCGUUGUUACCAACAUGGACAAGAUGCAUCUGAUGCUGACGGAGCUCUGCUCCUCCUACGGCUUCUGCAGUGAAUUUGUGAUCUUCGACCACAUCAUCGUUCCCACAGAGUUCCUCCUUUCCCACCUGGAGACACGCCUCUCUGAGAUCAUCGUGAGAAUGGCCAAUUACAACCAGACCACCGAGGAGAUAACCCGUCCCUCAGACCUCCUGGCGGGGUUGAGAGCCUAUACAGCCAGCCUGUACACCCUCUCCAGCUACAUCAAUGUGGACAUCACUCGGUUGGUGAAGAACGUCCUGCUGCAGCAAACACAGCCGCUGGACUCGCGUGGAGGGCAGACGAUUACGACCAUCUACACUAACUGGUUCCUGGAGAGUCUGUUGCGUCAGGCCAGCAACUCCCUCAUCGUUCACUCUCCCACGAUGCACUGCUUCGUCAACCAUGCUACUGACAACGAACCAAGUUUCAGAGCAGAGGAGUUUUCAGAUAUAUCAGAGUUGCAGGCCCUGGCGGAGCUACUUGGUCCAUAUGGCCUGAAGUUUCUGAGUGAGAACCUGAUGUGGCACAUCACCUCUCAAGUCAGUGAGCUGAAGAAACUAGUGAUUGAGAAUAUGGACGUCCUGGUACAGAUGAGGAACAACUUUGAUAAGCCUGAGGAAAUGGCACAUCUUAAAAAGAGGCUUUCAGGUGGAGAGAACGUUCUGAAGAGGAUGACCAUCAUCGGGGUGAUCCUGUCCUUCAGAUCGAUGGCACAGGAAUGUCUGAAAGAUAUCCUGAAUAAGCAUUGUCCAAAUCUGAUUGGGCCCAUCGAUUGCCUGAUCGACUGCCUGUCUCCUGAAACUGACAUCAAGGUGACUCUGAGCGUUUUUGAGCUGGCUUCAGCUGCAGGGUUCACGUGCGAUAUCGAUCCCGCCCUUGUUGCAGCGAUCAGCAAUAUGCAGACAGACAACACAUCAGUUGAUGAGGAGUACAAGCUGUCGUGUUUGCUGCUGGUCUACGUCGGCGUGUCCCUGCCUACACUGGCCCUGGACCCCAACUCUUCCUACAGCCGAGAGCGUGGAGGCCACAACAACAACACCCACUGUUUAGCUACGGCCAUAAACCAGCUGGCUGCUGCCAUGUUCACCGUUCAGAACAAGAACAUAGAGCAGCACCUCAAAGAGUUUCUGCUGCUGUCCUCCUCCACUCUGCUUCAGUUGGGACAAAACGUGGAAAGAAUGGAGAUCAAAAACCGAGAGUCCAUCUAUCUGCUCCUACACAUGAUUGUGCAGGAGUCUCCUUUCUUGAGCCAAGACAUGCUGGAGCGCUGCUUCCCGUAUGUCCUGCUCCGAAACGCCUACAGAGAGGUGUACCGGAACUUCAUCGUCACUCUCGGCUGAAGACUGUUCAAUACUUCUAAUGUAACAUUUAUUUAUCCAAGGUACUAUUUUAAUGUGCAUGUUUUGUUUUCAUUAUCGUUAAGUCUCUUAUUCACAUGAUCUGCUUUUUCCUGGCCUUAGAUAUAUUGUUGGAUAUAAUUUUUUCUUAACUUCUUUCAUGAUGUUUAUCUGUAAGUGUUAUAAUGUAGAAUCCUGACAGCUGUAGUUCUACUAAAACCAGCUUGAUUUAGUCAAAUGCAAAUCUGGCAGUGGCGGGCCGUCAGGGCCAGCAAGGCCUUCUCUGCUGGCCUAAACAUCAUCAGAAUAUAUAUUUUUUUCUAAAUAUAUUUGCCCACAAAUAUGUAUUCACUUAUUUCCCAGAGUAAGAGUUUUUCUCUUAAUUUCAUAGCGUUCCUCUUGGUUGCGCUGCUGCCAGCGCCAGGUUGAGAUUUGGAGGGCUGGUCUUUAUCUUAGAUCUUUUAUCCAAUCAUAUUCAGCCAUCGUGUGUUGCCAGGGGGCUAACAUCUGCCCUUAGGCCUUCAGAAUCAACAUUGCGGGCGCUGGUAGCUUCAAGUGAAUGGGAAUGACGAUGUUGUGUCAACCAAUCAGCUUUAGAGUUGGCUCCUCUAGGCCUUCUAGAAGGCCCCGGAACCGGCACAGGAGCAGCUAGCAGGCGUAGUGCUGCACGUCUUUUGAUUGGAUUACCAAUAUUGAGAGGCGGGUCCUAUGGGCAGGUAUAUGCAGAACCUCAGAACUAGGAAACUGAAUUUGAUAAAGGAAUUAAUUCGCGUACUACUAAGCUGUUUGUUCAACCCACAAUGGCGGAAGGAGGAGAAGAUAUCGAUUUGGUCGAGGAUAUAAUUAUAAGGCCAUUCUCAACGAACUUUAAGACCGACGCCGACGCUACAAAGCCCGUCACAGGCGGGACAGGGGUUCGUUCGCCCCUUUCAAAGUUCCAACUACGAGCGCUACCGAUGGCUCAGGCUCCGAGAAGCUCUGCACACCGGACUGAUGGGGAUGCCUGUUGCAAGUGAUCGAUUUGGUGUUGGGAGCCACACUGGCUUUGCAAACUUGAGUUGUCUAACCGAGGCAGCAACGAGACACUAGAGUACGACUCGGCACCUACAAGCAUCGGUGCUUUGACAACUUUUGGGGACACGGAGCGGAUCUACAGAUCAACGAACAAGCGGCAACGUAGCUGCACAAUGAACAGGUGAAGAACAAGAGGGACAUAUUGAAAAGACUCAUUAAUUGUGUCAUGUGUUUGGGUAAACAGGAACUUUCAUCUUCAUCAUAUUUAUAUCGAUGUAUGUGUGUAUAAAUACACACACAUACAUCGAUAGAAAUAUACAUAUACAUGUACGAUACGAUUCUCUGAAUUCUCAGUGUAACUGAGGGUUUUACGUUACUUAAUAACACAAGAAACACGACAACUUUAUCUUUUUCCGUCUGCUCCUUCACAAUAAAAGCCCCGCACCGGAACACUGGUGAACUAAUAUCUUACAUUAGGUUGUUCAGCUGUAGUAAGACGGCAUUGAAGGCCUAGAUAGAAAAUGCACGGCCCGCCACUGAAAUCUGGUAUACUCUGUAUAACGUACCAUGCAUGUCAGAGCCAUGAUAUAAAGAGAACAUGUUCCAAGAAUGUAACAACAUAUAUUCAGAUUUAUAUAGAUCCUUGUAUCCUUGUAAUAGUUAGUGUAUAACGUUUUUUUCCUUACACAUUUUACAAUAAAGAGGAUAAUAAUA